AUGUCUACAAUGCAAACGGGUAGAAAAGUUCUUCCAAAUAAUGUUAGACCGAAACAUUAUUUUCUUGUUUUAAAUCCCGCAUUGGAUAAUUUUAUUUAUGAUGGGAGUGUAGAAAUUUCAAUAGAAUGUUUAGAAUACUCUCAAUACAUUACUCUUCAUUCUUUUGAUAUUGAUAUUUCUUCUAUGAAUAUAAUAAUAUUUUGUAGGCGUUCUGUUGAUUCUAUAACUUAUAAUAAAGACGAGCAGACUGUUACUUUUUUCUUUUCUGAUCCUAUUUCUUGUGGAACAAAUGCAACUCUUUUUAUAAAGUUUUUGGGUGAAAUUAAUGAUAAGAUGUCUGGGUUUUAUCGUUCAUCUUAUUAUGACGAUAAAACUAAAGAAACUAAAUGGCUCGCUUGUACACAAAUGGAAGCUACUGAUUGUCGUCGUGUGUUUCCUUGUUGGGAUGAGCCAGCUUUAAAAGCGACUUUUGAUGUUCAAAUUACUGCAGAUGUUCGCUAUACAGUUUUAUCCAAUAUGAAUAUUGUUAAAGAAUCUAUUGUGGAUAAUAAAAGGACAGUUUUGUUUGGUCGCACUCCAUUAAUGUCUACUUAUCUUCUUGCUUGGGUAAUUGGUGAAUUGGAUUACAUCGAGACCUUUACGUCUGGUGUUAGUAUGCCUAAGAUUCCUGUAAGAGUGUAUUCUCCUCUUAAAGGAUUAUCACGGCAAGGAAAAUUUUCUCUGGAGCUUGCUGCUAAAACUCUUGAGUUUUUUUCUGAGACUUUUGGUAUUCCUUACCCUUUGCCUAAAAUAGAUUUGGUAGCUAUUCCUGAUUUUUCUGCUGGCGCCAUGGAGAAUUGGGGAAUGGUUACAUUUCGUGUUGUAGAUUUGCUUUUUGAUGAGGAUAAAAGUGGUGCAGCAAUGAAACAAAGGGUAGCUGAAGUUGUGCAACACGAGCUUGCACAUCAGUGGUUUGGAAAUUUAGUUACUAUGGAUUUUUGGGAUGGUUUGUGGCUCAAUGAGGGUUUUGCGACUUGGUCUGAGAUGUCAUGGUUUUCUUGUAAUUCAUUUUACCCUGAAUGGAAAGUUUGGCAGACUUAUGUUACUAUUAGCUUACAGAAAGCAUUAAGAUUUGAUGGGUUUCGUUCAAGUCAUCCUAUUGAAGUUUUUGUAAAAAGUUCAGAAGAAAUUAAUCAAAUUUUUGAUGCUAUUUCGUAUUCAAAAGGAUCAUCUGUAAUACGUAUGUUAUCUAAAUAUAUUGGUGAAGAUGUUUUUCUCUCUGGUAUUAGGAGAUAUCUUAGAAGACAUUCUUAUGGGAAUACUAUAACUAAAGAUUUAUGGUGUGCAUUAAGUGAAGAAAGUGGUAAAGAUAUUGUUGGAUUUAUGAAAUAUUGGACAGAAAAAGUUGGGUAUCCUGUUAUAACUGUUACAGAGCAUAAUGAUUCAAUAAAGAUUGUACAAAGUAGGUUUCUUGCAUCUGGUGAUGUAAAACCUGAAGAUGAUGAAACUAUUUAUUGGGUUCCUUUGAUGCUUAAGACAAUGACAACUGAUGGUAAAACAGUUGUUGAUACUCAUUUGAUUUUAGAGCAACGAGAACUUUAUAUUCCUAUGUGCAAUAUAAUGAAAGGUUUUUAUAAAAUUAAUACAGAUCAUUCAGGUGUUUAUAGGACUCUUUAUUCUUCAGAACAACUUAAAAGAUUGGGUUGCUUUUCUAUAACUAAUCCAGAGUUUUUAAGUGUUGAGGAUCGGGUUGGUCUUGUUGCUGAUUCUGGUGCUUUGGCUCAAAGUGGUUAUUCUAGAACUAGCGAAAUGUUAUCAUUAAUAUCCAAAUGGUUCAAUGAGAGUAAAUUUGUCGUAUGGAAUGAAAUGAUAAAUAUAGUUGAAAGUUUGGAAGCAGCUUUUGUUUUCGAAGAUGAAAAAAUUAGGAAAGGUCUUGAGUUGUUUAAGAGAAAAUUAACUUUCAUUAAAGUUAAUGAGCUUGGGUGGAAUUUUGAUAUAAAUGAUGGACAUAAUAUGAGACAGCUAAAAUCUUUGUUGUUUUUGGCUGCUGGUAAAGCUGGCAAUGAGGAAAUAAUUUUUGCUGCUAAAGAAAUGCUAUAUCGUUACGCUAAUGGUGAUAAAACUGCAAUACAUCCUGAUCUUAGAACUGCUGUUUUUUCUAUUUCUCUUCAAUAUGGUUUAGAAAAAGAGUGGAAUAUUGUUUAUAAUAUUUGGAAAGAAAGUAUUUCUAGUGAUGAAAAAGAUACUGCUUUAAGACAGUUGGGUCAAACACGUGUUCCUGAAUUGAUUAUACGGACACUUAACAUGAUUCUUUCUUCUGAAGUUAGGCUUCAAGACAUUCAUAUGCCUCUUGUAGGUUUGAAAACUCAUUCUAAAGGUAUAAACGCUUUAUGGAAAUUUUGUCAAGAAAAUUGGGAUGCAAUUGAUGUUACUGUUCCAAACAAUGUAGGGAGUUUGAAAUCAACUGUAGUGCAAUUGAUGGUUUCCGGAUUUACUUCGAUAUCUAAAUUAAAUGAGAUUGAUGAAUUUUUUAAAUUUAAAAAAAUUAAUGCGUUCGAUAAAGCACUUUCCCAGUCUUUAGAUGCUAUUAGAGCCAAAGCAUUAUGGGUUUCAAGGGAUAGUGAUAAUGUAAAAGAAUGGCUUAAAAGUGAAGGUUAUAUUUAA